GUACGAGGAUGGGGUGCAGGAUGUGCCCAGACCCCGCCACAAAGCCCAUCACACAAGCAAACAGCAGGAGCUGGAGCAGGCGCAGCGCUCGCUCGGCCAAGCCAAGCAGGCAGGCACGGAGCUCAGUGCUCAGGUGGAGGCCCUGCACGCUGAGAAGGAGGUGCUGAGGCGGUCGGUGAGUGAGAAGGAGUGUGAGCUGCUCUCCACGCGUGGCCUCAUCGAGGAGAAGGAGCUGCAGCUGAGCCAGGAGGCGGACAAGACCUCGAGGGAGAUCCGAGAGCUUCAGGGCAGGCUCCUGGAGAAGAGCAACCAGGAGCAGAGCCUGCAGCAGAAGCUGCUGGACGAGCAGUUCAUCAUCCUGCAGCAGACGGUGCGGGAGGCAGAGGACAUCCUCCGAGACGCCGUGGCCAAGCUGGAUGACCCACUGCACAUCCGCUGCACCAGCUCCCCAGAUUACCUGCUCAGCCGGGCGCAGGCAGCGCUGGAGUCCACGGAUGCCCUGGAGAACGGGCACGCGCAGUACGUGGCCUCCAUGGCAGAUGCUGCGGGGCUGGUGGGGGCUCUGGCCCUCUUUGCACACUUGACGGCCGACACCAUUGUGAAUGGCAGCGCCACGUCCCAUCUGGCUCCCACUGACCAUGCUGACCGGCUGACGGAGACGUGCCGGGACUGUGGGCAGCAGAGCCUGGAUUACCUGGGCAAGCUGAAGGACAAGCAGACCCUGGGGUGUGCUGAGCUGGGGGACGUGCGGCGGGCGCUGAGGGGGGUCCUGCAGCUGGCCCAGGAGCUGAGGCCCAAGAGCUUGGACAUCAAGCAAGAAGAGCUGGGGGACAUGGUUGAGAAGGAGAUGGCUUCCACCUCGCAGGCAAUUGAGGAUGCUGUCAGGCGGAUAGAGGAGAUGAUGAGCCAGGCCAGAAAUGAGAGCUCCGGUGUUAAGCUUGAAGUGAAUGAGCGGAUUCUGAACUCCUGCACGGACCUAAUGAAGGCCAUUAGACUCCUUGUAAUGACAUCUACAAACCUACAGAAGGAGAUAGUAGAAAGUGGCCGGGGGGCAGCAACAACUCAGGAGUUUUAUGCCAAGAACUCGCGCUGGACCGAAGGGCUGAUCUCUGCCUCCAAGGCGGUGGGCUGGGGAGCCACGCAGCUUGUGGAGUCAGCAGACAGAGUUGUCCUGCAUAUGGGCAAAUACGAAGAGCUGAUCGUCUGCUCCCAUGAAAUCGCUGCCAGCACAGCCCAGCUCGUAGCUGCCUCCAAGGUGAAAGCCGAGAAGAGCAGCAGGAACCUGGGCAAGCUCCAGGAGUGUUCGCGCAACGUCAACGAGAUGGCGGCAAAUGUGGUGGCUUCCACCAAGUCAGGACAAGAGCAGAUUGAGGAGAAAGACACCAUGGACUUCUCAGGCAUGUCCCUCAUCAAGCUGAAGAAGGAAGAGAUGGAAACACAGGUGAAGGUGCUGGAGCUGGAGAAGCGCCUGGAAGGCGAGCGGGUGCGCCUGGGCGAGCUCAGGAAGCAGCACUACGCCCUGGCCGGGACCUACGACGCAGCAGAGGAUGGGGAGGCAAAGCCAGCACCAGCCCCCAGGAGGGGCAUCCUCAAGAAGCCCCCGUUGGCUCAGAAACCCGGCCACGGGGAGCCCGAGCGAGACGCCGGCCCGUACCCACCUCACGUGUAG